CAUUUAUUGCUUUUUACAUAGUCCUCAUUAUUACUUCAUGAAUGUGAUGAGGUCUAAUGUUAUGAUCAACAUCCAACAGGGAGGUAUAUAUCUUCUUCCUGGUUGUUGUGAUCCAUUCAAUGAGAAAGCACUGAGAGCUAGUCGUGGAGCCUCCUUUCAGCUGCCUAUUGUUUCUGGCAGUUGGUGUCAUCUUCAAACCCUCAAAAUGGAAUUUCAGAUGAAGAUGUUAGCUGGCCAUCCAGACAGUAACAGAUUGUCAAAACCAGUGUCUUCAUUAUCCCAAGAAUUUGUAGAUUCUUUAUCAGACAUUCCAUUGUGCUUGGUCUUGGGAAGUGAAGGACAUGGCCUUUCAGAGAAAUCUCAGGGGGAGUGUGAGCUUGUUAGUAUUCCCAUGGCUGGAGAUUAUGAAUCCCUGAAUGUUUCUGUUGCAGGUGGAAUUUUCUUGUAUAUGCUACAGCCUAUAAAAUAGAGAUCAAUCCAUUUCUUUCACAAGUUUGUUUGAAGCCUUUACUCAAUUCUGAUUCUGCCUUUGAGACAAAUCAAUCUAGCAUUUAUACUUAUGCUAUUACAACUCAAGAACUCUUGUAUGAAAACUACUACUCCUUUUGUUUCUAUUCAUUGCCCAUAUAACUAAUUCUCAAUUAACCUUGCAUGUUUCG